CUCUCUCCUCCCCUUUCUCCCCCUCGCAACCCUCCUUUCGCAUCCCCUUCCUGGGAGCUGUCGCCCAAUAGGGCCAGCAGAAGCGGGCCAGCUCCGCUCGGUGAUUGGAGAAGGGGUUGAGCGGCGGCGCCAGUGCCCAAUAGCUGUGCGGCAGACCUCCCCGGAGCAGGGGAGAGGCGGGAUUUCCCAGGGAACAGAGAAGCGGGCAGUGCUCGGCGGCGGCGGCCGUCCUGAGGCGGUUGGUCUGUAGUCUAUUCCUCCACUUUCCCUUCCGCCGUUGCCGCCUCAAGCGGCGCCACGACUUCUCUCACGGCCGUGGUGGGUAGACAUCUCCUGAGGCGCUCAGCCCCACCGCCCGGAAAAGGAGGAGGGGGCGCGGGGAGAGGCUCUCUCGCGGUACCCGCCGGUCGCUACCGCAUCUACCAUCGCUUUGGUCCUGAGUGGGAGACGGACACCUGAGGAACAGGAGGCGGUGGCGGCGCUGAGCAGGUUUUGUAGUGCUUUCCUGAGCAUGAAUUCAGAAUGAAGCGACGAUCGGAUGACCAGGAGUCACCUGUGUAUGCGUCACAGCAGAGACGUAUUGCCAGCAACACAGAACCAUUCCAACACCAGCAUCGUGUGCUCGCUCCAGCACCUCCUGUAUAUGAGUCUGUUUCAGAGACAAUGCAAUCUGCUACCGGGAUCCAGUACUCUGUAACUCCCAGCUACCAGGUGCCAACUGUGCCACAGAGCUCCAGCAGUCAUGGGCCUGCUCUAGCCGCUGUCCAUAGUGGUCAUCACCACACCACACCAGUCCAGCCUCAUGGGAGCCAAGUGGUUCAGAGUCAUGCUCACCCAACACCCCCAGCAGCACCAGUGCAGGGGCAGCAGCAGUUCCAGAGGCUUAAGGUGGAAGAUGCCCUCUCCUACCUUGAUCAAGUGAAGCUGCAAUUUGGUAGCCAGCCUCAAGUCUACAACGACUUCUUGGACAUAAUGAAGGAAUUCAAAUCUCAAAGCAUCGACACUCCAGGAGUGAUCAGCCGGGUGUCUCAGUUGUUUAAAGGCCACCCUGAUUUGAUCAUGGGUUUCAACACAUUCUUGCCUCCUGGCUACAAAAUUGAAGUGCAGACUAAUGACAUGGUGAAUGUAACGACACCGGGGCAGGUUCACCAGAUCCCGACGCAUGGCCUUCAGCCACAGCCACAACCCCAGCCGCAGCAUCAAUCUCAGCCAUCGGCACAAUCUGCCCCAACCCCAGCACAGCCAGCACCACAGCCAACACCUGCCAAGAUCAGUAAGCCAUCCCAGCUACAGACACAUACCCCAACCAGCCAGCAGACUCCCCCAAUCCCCUACGCAUCCCCUCGCUCUCCACCAGUUCAGCCCCAUACGCCUGUGACAAUCUCUCUUGGAACCACACCAUCCCUUCAGAAUAAUCAGCCAGUUGAGUUUAAUCAUGCCAUCAACUAUGUCAACAAGAUCAAGAAUCGUUUCCAGGGACAGCCAGACAUUUACAAGGCUUUCUUGGAGAUCCUCCACACUUAUCAGAAGGAGCAGCGGAACGCCAAGGAAGCAGGAGGGAACUACACACCAGCAUUGACUGAACAGGAGGUCUAUGCCCAGGUGGCUCGUCUCUUUAAGAACCAGGAGGAUCUCCUCUCGGAGUUUGGGCAAUUCCUGCCAGAUGCAAAUAGCUCUGUGCUUUUAAGCAAGACAACUGCAGAGAAAGUGGAGUCUGUGAGAAAUGACCAUGGGGGCACAGUCAAGAAGCCCCAGCUCAACAGCAAGCAGCAAAGACCUAAUCAGAAUGGCUGUCAGAUCCGGCGGCAUGCCACAGCCGGGACAACUCCUCCAGUGAAGAAGAAACCAAAGCUGCUUAAUUUGAAGGACCCAUCAGUGGUAGAAGCUGGAAAACAUGGAACAGAGUCUCUGUUCUUUGACAAGGUCCGUAAAGCUCUGCGAAGCACAGAAGCAUAUGAGAAUUUCCUCCGUUGCCUGGUCAUUUUUAAUCAGGAGGUGAUAUCCCGCGCUGAGCUUGUACAGCUUGUUUCUCCGUUUUUGGGGAAAUUUCCAGAGCUGUUCACUUGGUUUAAAAACUUUCUAGGCUACAAAGAGUCUGCACAUAUGGAGACCUUUCCUAAGGAACGGGCUACAGAAGGGAUAGCGAUGGAAAUAGACUACGCUUCUUGUAAGAGGCUGGGCUCCAGCUACCGAGCCUUGCCAAAGAGUUACCAGCAGCCCAAGUGCACUGGUCGGACUCCACUGUGUAAAGAGGUUUUGAAUGACACCUGGGUCUCCUUUCCAUCAUGGUCUGAAGAUUCCACAUUUGUGAGCUCUAAGAAGACUCAGUAUGAAGAGCACAUCUAUCGGUGUGAGGAUGAACGAUUCGAGCUGGAUGUUGUCUUGGAGACCAAUCUAGCAACCAUCAGAGUCCUAGAGACGAUACAGAAAAAACUCUCACGCUUAUCAGCUGAGGAGCAAGCCAAAUUCCGGCUGGACAAUACCUUGGGCGGCUCCUCAGAAGUUAUCCAUCGCAAGGCUUUGCAGAGGAUAUAUGCUGACAAGGCAGCUGACAUCAUCGAUGGGCUUAGGAAGAACCCAGCUGUUGCAGUCCCCAUUGUGUUGAAAAGGUUAAAAAUGAAAGAAGAGGAAUGGAGAGAAGCCCAGAGAGGAUUCAACAAAGUGUGGCGGGAACAGAAUGAGAAAUACUACCUGAAGUCCCUUGACCACCAGGGGAUCAAUUUUAAACAGAAUGACACCAAGGUCUUAAGAUCAAAGAGCCUUCUCAGUGAGAUUGAGACUAUUUACGAUGAGAGGCAAGAACAGACUUCUGAAGAUAAUGCUGGCCCUCACCUAUCACUAGCCUAUGAGGAUAAACAGAUCCUGGAUGAUGCUGCCUCUCUAAUCAUCCACCAUGUGAAACGGCAGACAGGGAUCCAGAAAGAGGACAAAUACAAAAUCAAGCAGAUCAUGUAUCACUUCAUCCCAGAUUUGCUCUUUGCUCAGCGGGGCGAACUCUCUGAUGUGGAGGAGGAGGAGGAGGAAGAGAUGGAUGUGGACGAAGGCGCAGGGGCUGUGAAAAAACACAACGGUGUUGGGGGUAGUCCUCCCAAAGCCAAGCUGCUGUUCAGCAAUACGGCAGCCCAGAAGCUGCGUGGAAUGGAUGAAGUCUACAACCUGUUCUACGUCAACAACAACUGGUACAUCUUCCUCCGUCUCCACCAGAUCUUGUGCUUGCGGUUGCUGCGAAUAUAUACCCAGGCUGAACGGCAGAUAGAAGAGGAGAAUCGGGAAAGGGAAUGGGAGCGGGAAGUGCUGGGCGUAAAGCGUGAUAAGAGUGACAGCCCUGCCAUCCAGUUGCGAUUGAAGGAGCCCAUGGAUAUUGAUGUGGAAGAUUACUAUCCUGCUUUCCUAGACAUGGUGCGAAACCUGCUGGACGGAAACAUGGACUCUUCUCAGUAUGAAGAUUCUCUUCGGGAGAUGUUUACCAUCCAUGCCUACAUUGCCUUCACUAUGGACAAACUAAUUCAGAGUAUUGUUAGACAGCUUCAGCACAUAGUGAGCGACGAACUCUGCGUGCAGGUGACGGAACUCUACCUGACUGAGAACAGCAAUGGAGCUACCGGAGGCUUGCUGUCCUCACAGUCAUCUCGGUCCCUCAUGGAGACAGCAUACCAGCGCAAAGCUGAGCAGCUCAUGCAAGAUGAGAACUGCUUUAAGUUGAUGUUUGUUCAGAGUAGAGGUCAUGUUCAGUUAACCAUUGAGCUGCUUGACACAGAAGAGGAGAAUUCUGAUGACCCUGUUGAGGCAGAGCGCUGGACCGACUAUGUAGAUCGGUACGUCAACUCUGAUUCUACCUCUCCUGAACUGCGGGAACAGCUGGCCCAGAAGCCAGUAUUUCUGCCAAGGGGCUCUCUGCUUUACAGGAACCUGAGGCGGAUCCGCAAGUGUCAGCGGGGUCGGGAGCAGCAGGAGAAGGACGGGAAGGAGGGGAUCAGUAAGAAACCCUUGGAGAACGUGGAGAGCUUGGACAAGUUGGAAUGCAAAUUCAAACUGAAUUCCUACAAGAUGGUGUAUGUGAUCAAAUCGGAGGAUUACAUGUAUAGGAGGACUGCUCUGCUUCGUGCCCAUCAGUCCCACGAAAGAGUGAGCAAAAGGCUGCACCAGCGGUUCCAGGCCUGGGUGGACAGAUGGACGAAGGAGCACGUGACCCGUGAAAUGGCAGCUGAAACAAGCAAGUGGCUAAUGGGGGAAGGCUUAGAAGGCUUGGUGCCUUGCACCACUACCUGCGAUACAGAGGACCUGCACUUUGUGAGCAUUAACAAAUACCGCGUCAAAUAUGGCACGAUGUUCAAGACGCCCUAAACUCCAGGGGGUAGAAGAAAAUGUAAGAGUGGUUGGGGAUGCACAUUCAUAUGUGUGCGCCAAGGAAAACAAGGAAGAAGCCUUCCUCCCCCUCCCUCCCUCCCUCGCUGUGUAUCUCUGUAACAACGGCCACUUCUUCUUGACUAAUUCAUAGCUGGUACAUCUUGUCACCCCAGUGGGGUCGCUUUCAAAAUGUCAAUCCUGAGAAAUUGAAGUUGGAACUGUCGCCGUGAGGCUGAGAUCAACACACAUGCCGCCAUGUUGAGAGGGGCGUGGGGGUGUCCAGGUAGCUGUAGAGAAACCCACCUUGCCUAUACACACCAGCAGCUUUCUCCAACGAUAUGGGCAUCGAGGACAACUGGGUGCUUUGAACAGCCUGACAAGAUUUGGUGCAUUUAAGCAGCCCCCUGCCCAAAAGGAAAAAAAGUCUUAUGGCCAGAAUACCUUAGUUGGGAGUCCCAGAAAUGCCCAUUCUCCUGCCUCAACAAGACUAGGCACUGGACUUUCUGGAAUCUUUCAUCUGCUUGCUGGGCUCAGCAGUCCAGACAUCAGAAAUAUCGGCUCAUGAAUUUACUGCCCCCUUAAUUGUUCUCUCCGGUUCCCUCCUUGCAAGCUGGACUCCAGACUUACAUAAACCAAUUAAGAUCACUCUGUCCUUGUUAGUGCCAGUGGAACUAUUGUUUUAUUUGGGGGGGGGGGUUGGUACCUGCUUGUUUACUAGUCUCUCCUUGUGCCAUGCACCAGCUUUUCACAGAAAUACUUUCUCUCAUCCACCCAGUACCUAAACAGACACACAGGCUUUCACAAAAGUAACAACCAUUUUUAAACUGUUCCCCCCCCUUUAUUUGUAAAUAAAUGUACAUAUUUGUCAAUUUUUUUUUGUUUUUUAUUAAAGAAAAAGUAUGCUUGACAUGCUAGUAUAACUAUACUAGCUUCUUGUGUACCUUAGAACCAGGUGGCUUCAGGUUCAGGUUUUAGUACCUACAGAUGAGAGUGGCAGAGACAUUUUUAUUACACUUUCUACCAAAGGGAGUUAUCAUUGUAGUGCUUUGUGUGGAAAUUUGUUUCUUUUUGUAAAAAAAAUUACAAAAAUACAAAAAUUAAUAAUAAUACAUCUUGGUUCUUACCAGAUAAAGACAUGUGCUUGCCAGUUCCCUCACCCUGUUCUGAGAGGUGUAUUGCUACAAACUGAGGGCAGGGAGGCAUCUGACCCAACUGUAUUUUUGACUUCACCAUAAAAAGGGGAGAAAGGAGGUGUCUGUGUAAAAGAGAGAGGAUGUGAAUGUCUGUGUUGUGGUUAAUAAAUUAAUGACUCUGUUUCAAGCAGCCUGUUUGAUAUACGAAAAUAUAUUAUAUAGUACAGAAUCCUUUAAUUUUUUUUGUUUGGGGGCAAUUUUUUUGGUGGGUAGCUGUUUAUCCACCUAGUCUUCCAGCUCAGAGAAUCUGCACUUUUUGGAAGUGUUGCUGAGCUCCCUAUUUUGGGGUGAUUGUGAUUUCUUGUGUGUUUCUUCUCAGUAUUGAAGAAAAUUUAUCUUAAAUACCAAACCAGUAUUUGGCAGAGCUGCUUCACUGUGUGUGAUUGUGUAUGAGCGCGUGCGCAUGUGCAGGGCCAUAAAAAACAAGAUGGGUGGUCUUUUGUGUUUCCCCUAGUAACAUAUACAAGCAGGGACUUUUUUUGUAGAUGGCAUGAACAUAAAUGGAAGAUAUGGAGGUGUCUCUUCAGAAGACAUUGCUGUGGGUUUUGUAAAUGGCAAUGAACCUGUGUCCUCCCUCCUCCAGGGAGGCAAUGGUCCCUUACACAAAGUGACAGAGCCAAGAGACCUAUAUAUUAAAAAAAAAAAAGCUUGCUGGUUUUUGCUUUCUCCCCAGGCCUGCUAAGUGUAAAUCAGUCCAGAGCUCUCCAUGCGGGUAGCUGUCCACACUCUCAGAACAGUGUUGUCAUGGUCCAAGGCAAAGAAAUGGAGAGGAGAGGGAAAGAUCAGUGAAGGAAUUGUUUCUCUUUCUCUCCCCCCCCCCCCGGUAGCUUGAGACAGCAGAAUGGAGGUGCACAUGGGCCUGUAUUAAGGAGUGAGUUUGCACAUGGGAGAUCUGGUUAUAGUAAAAACAGUAAAUGAGAGCCCAGCUGGGGUGUUCUUACGGUAUGCCAGCAAUAAGCUAACUCACCCAUGUCUCUUUCCCUUGCCCUUUUAAAGGGGGGGGGAACAACGCUACUGUGUCCUGUUCUGUUUUGCUUGUGCUGCUCCUCGCUCUCAGCAUCCUCUCAGAUGUUUCUCUUCUGUGUAUACUUAAAGCUCAGUUUAGACUUUUUACAAAGUUGAAAAAUAACAGCCACCUUUGCUUUGUCAAGAGUAUUUGCCCAAGUGUCAUAUUGAGCAGGACAGAAAGAGCAGGGUGGAUUUCCCCCCCCCCCCCAAUUCAUCUGAGGGUAAGAAAAAACACACUCGGUAAUAAAAUAAAGGAGGCCACCUCCUUCCUUUAGUAGGAUUUCAGAAUACAGCAUUUCUCACCCCACCCCGAUGUCUGACAUCUGAGCUCCAAGCUCUGGUCCUGGCCUGUACAAAUAGCAAAAUAUUUUCCUUCUUAUUUUAAAUUGCUUUUUGUAUUCUGUAAUGUGAUCCUUUUUGCCACCUAUUCAUGUGAUGAUUUCUAUACAGAUGUUGUAAACUUGACUGUAGUGCAGUAUUUCCAUUAAAAUAUCAGGGCUACUCGUGUA